AUGGCUUUCACAUUUGCAUUGCCUUGCAGAUCGAUUCACGAUGGCUUUCCCGAUUUCCACUUCGAUCAUGAGCAAGCCAAUUUUACCUCUGAUCAAGAAAGCGUGUACGACGCAGAUGUAGAAGAAGUCGAUGUCGAAGAAGAAGAAUUGAAAUGCGAAAUCAAUAGCUCGAUCCACUCUCCUACUCAAGCAGCUCCCUCCCCAAUUAUCGCUUGGCAACCCUUCAAUACUACAAAAUCUGGCAUCGCAGGAGUUGAGGUUGCUCGAGUGGAUAUUGAUGAUCAAGUAGAAAUUCUUAAGGGUGUAGAUUGGCAUGCCGUUCGAACUUCGCAGAAACAGACUGAUGCCCCUCAGUCCAGUGGUUGGACACCCAUCAACGUACCUCCAACCAACACUUUCCAGAUUAGCAGCGAAAAUACCUUGACUUCCGAUGCUGAAGACACCCAAUCUAGCUUUGCUCAAAGUACUUGCUGGUCCGUCAUCAGUGGUUCGCAGACCGAUACCUCACAAGCUACCAGUAUCGAAGCCGAUGAAAAAUCACCUCACUACCUACAGAUACGAAGUACAUCGAACGUGCGCCGUAAGAGAAUAAUCAAGUCCCUCAUGAGUACCAUGGUUGAUACUCCCCAGCUCAAGGUCCACUUCAGGAGAUAUAAGGAAGAAUAUUGCUCUACCCUGGCAAAGGAGAAAAUCGAGUGGUUCAGACACCGCACUCCAUGUUUGAAUAUGGGCAAGAGGGUAGACUAUGAUUCCGAGAUGGCAAUCUUGAAGUCAGAGUGGCACGAAUUCUUGGAGAGACGCAGAUGGUUGAAGAGAGAAAUGUUGAGGAUCAAGAAUCUUUAUACAUUUUCAAGAUGUAGACGUCAAGAAUGUAUCCAGUAUAGUUUGAGAGCAAGUUAUGAUAUUGCGUUCAUCAAAUCACUUGCGGAUAGCUGA